AUGUUAGGAAGGGUUGCAGUGUUUCAUGACGAGGUGCAAGAAAGGAAAAUAGUAAAGGAUGACGUCAUGUUUAAGGCUUACUAUGGGGCAUACUGGCUUGUCAAAAAGGAAAUUUCCAAUCGUAAAUUUCAAUCUCUACUGGAUUUUCUUAAAUUCCUUGGCCUCAAUGAAAUGGAGCAUUUCCAGUAUUUUUCUGCAGGUUUUAUGAGAGAAAUCUUUUUGGCACUGGGCUCUGCAUUACUUGAUAAGUUGUUGGAAAGGGUGAAGAAAGCAUACUGUUAUAGCUUACUUACUAAAGAAGUUACUGAUGUUUCUGUCCUGGAAAUGUUUGUUACCUUCAUCCAGUACUUUGACAAAAGAUACAGGGAAAGUUGA